AUGGUCAGAUGGAACUUACCAACUAUAUCAAAUAUAACGAUCAAUGUGGGCGAUACAGUGCACUGGAUCACAACUGAUAACCUACCACACACUGUUACAUCGAUCGAAGACCAGCUGGCGGGAAGUCCCGCCGCUUACAUCAACUCACCUCUCAUCACCAGUGAUGAGAAUGGCGUCAGCCAGUUCUCCAAGCGCAAGUUCUCAAAGAUGUUCACGCAGGAGGGUCUGUACUAUUACGCCGAUCAGAACAACGCCGACGAGAUGCAGGGCUCGGUUCGGGUCGUCCGUCGCUCGGCAUCGGCACUUGCCGGCACAUCACCCGACGAUGAGAUGGAGAACUCCAGCUCCAAGCAGACCUUGGAAAGUCUGUUGUUCGCCACACUGAUAGCAUUGCUUAUCUUCUUUGUCUUCUCAUAG